AUGAUAAUAAAGGUCGAUCUUCAGUGCACUAGCUGCUACAACAAGAUCAAGAAAAUACUCUGUAAAUUUCCUCAAAUCCGAGACCAGGUAUAUGAUGAAAAGAAAAAUACGGUGACGAUCACCGUAAUAUGCUGCAGCCCUGAGAAAAUUCGUGACAAGUUGUGCUGCAAAGGAGGAAAGUCAAUUAAGAGUAUCGAGAUCGAAGAGCCCGAGAAGAAGAAGGACGAGCCUAAGAAGUCUUCUCCUUCUGAUCAGAAGGCUGUAGACAAGCUCCCCAAGGAAGCUGCUGCCAAUCCUAAUAAGCCAACACCACCACCACCAGCGUACACACCGGCCGGUUACUGGAUUGGGGUGUGUUGUGGGCCAUGUUAUGAGGGCAUUCUGCCGCUGCCACCACCACCACCACCACCACCACCACCUUGUUAUCCUCCGAUAAUAAGGCCAUGCUAUUGCUAUGGAAGGCCAUGCUAUAUGACUGGUUGUGACUGCAGCUACACAGUUGAUAAUCCAUUAGCAUGCACAAUCAUGUGACCCUGGUGCACUGCCUGGUCAUUGUUAGAGGGUUUUUUAAUACAA